GCCAUUUUGCAUGAAAAAAAAAAAAAUCACUGAAGAUUUCCGUGGUCUCUUGACAGAAUUCUGCACCGGACUCCUUACUCUGCCUGUAGAGGUUUACUUUUUUUUUUUCCCCCCCUGACAUAAGUUGCAUUGCUUGAAUAAGCAGUGUUCAGUUAUAGCUAUCUCUGCUAAAUGAAAGAAUGGCAGGAGUUGCCAGUGGAAAUGAUUUUCAGUGGUGUUUCUCACAAGUGAAGGGUGCGAUUGAUGAAGACGUUGCAGAAGCUGAUAUAAUUUCAACGGUUGAAUUCAACCAUUCUGGAGAGUUACUAGCAACUGGAGACAAGGGAGGCAGAGUUGUCAUAUUUCAACAUGAAGAGGAGUGUAAAAAUCGACUGCAGCUGCGAGGGGAAUACAAUGUCUAUAGCACUUUUCAGAGUCAUGAACCUGAAUUUGACUACUUGAAAAGUUUAGAAAUUGAAGAAAAGAUUAACAAAAUAAGAUGGUUACCACAACAAAACUCAGCACAUUUUCUACUUUCAACAAAUGAUAAAACAAUCAAAUUGUGGAAAAUCAGUGAACGAGACAAAAGGGCUGAGGGUUACAACUUAAAAGACGAAAAUGGACGUCUCAGGGAUCCUUUUAGAAUUACCUCACUGCGGGUACCAGUGCUGAUGCCCAUGGAUCUCAUGGUAGAGGCAAGUCCUCGGAGGGUGUUUGCCAAUGCUCACACAUAUCAUAUUAAUUCAAUAUCUGUAAAUAGUGAUCAUGAAACUUACCUCUCCGCUGAUGACCUAAGAAUUAACCUUUGGCAUUUGGAAAUAACAGACAGAAGUUUUAACAUUGUAGAUAUCAAGCCCGCCAACAUGGAAGAACUGACAGAGGUUAUCACAGCUGCAGAGUGCCAUCCAAAUCAAUGCAAUGUAUUUGUGUACAGCAGUAGCAAAGGCACCAUACGUCUAUGUGAUAUGAGAGCAGCAGCACUCUGCGAUAGGCACACCAAGUUCUUUGAGGAGCCUGAGGAUCCAAGCAGCAGAUCAUUCUUCUCUGAGAUCAUCUCCUCCAUCUCUGAUGUGAAGUUCAGUCACAGUGGGCGCUACAUGAUGACACGGGACUACCUCUCAGUCAAGGUGUGGGACCUCAACAUGGAGAACAGGCCAGUGGAGACAUAUCAGGUUCAUGAAUAUCUUCGCAGCAAACUUUGCUCGUUGUAUGAAAAUGACUGCAUCUUCGACAAGUUUGAGUGCUGCUGGAACGGUAGCGACAGUGCUAUCAUGACUGGCUCCUACAACAACUUCUUUCGGAUGUUUGACCGCAAUACCAGGAAGGACAUCACACUGGAGGCGUCCAGGGAGAGCAGCAAACCGCGGGCCACACUCAAACCCCGCAAAGUCUCCACUGGUGGCAAGAGGAAGAAGGAUGAAAUCAGUGUGGACAGCCUGGAUUUCAACAAGAAGAUUCUGCACACUGCCUGGCACCCCAAAGAAAACGUAAUUGCCGUAGCAGCCACCAAUAACCUGUAUAUUUUCCAGGACAAGAUCAACUAAAAAAAAAAAAAAAAGGCUUUUACUGUUCCUUCUUAGUUAAGCCUAGUGGUUGAUCUGUAACAGAAACAUAUUGCCCUCUCUUCCUUCUGGUGAAGUUGAAAGCACUCUCCUCCUUGUUGCGGCGGGAGGACAAUUGGCCAGACAUUUUUCUUCUUUUUGUUUUUUGUCUGUUGAUUUUGCCCUGGGUGAAUCAGUGCCUGGGCAAAGAUUGGACCCUAAGAUCCCACCUUGCGGUAAAUCAAUGGAACGGCACUCCCAAGUGAUCAGACUCUUGAACAUUGGUGUUUGAGACAUUUUCAGCCUUCAUUUCAUUAUCUAACAACUGAACUAUGGAAAGCUCUGGAAAAUGACCCAUGUCAUUAUUAGAACAUCCUCAAUGAGAUUUUGGGGCCUUUCUUGAACAUGGUUAUUCUGUGGGUUAUACCUGUUAACAUUCCCCCAUAUUCACUAUGUGUUCAGGCCAACUUGCAAUAAGUUGAAUUUGAAAAGUGGACUUUUCUUUACCACUCUUUACCUCAAUUCAUCUCCCAGACAUGGUAACGUUAUCUCACUGACUGUAUCUAUUCAAAUACACCUUUAUGGUGAAUUCAGUUAAUAAAGUAACUAAAACUAAAAAAAUAAAAAGAAUAACUAGCUGUUUUAAAUCGUGUUCUUAAUUGCUUUGCAUGUGUUUAUGUUGUAGAGAGGUGGGGGGAAAAAAUCUGUUAUUUAUUUAUAAAAUGUUGUUGCAAUUUCCAUAUGACAAUUCAGAACCACCAUUUGAGAUGAUUACGGAUGUUUAACAGGAUGGGUUAUGCUCCCUUACCCAUUACAGCUUGGCAAGGAACUUUUUGACAAUACAUUUUUUGUUCUUAAAUAUAACAAAAACAGUUUUUAAAUGUCAAUUUCCAAAUAUAGGUGAUAAUCAACAAAACAAUUAACAUCUCUGACAUUUUUUAUCCAAACUUUGUAUUGAGUGAGAAAUGCCUCAUCCAUCUGUGUAGAUCUUUUUAUUGUCAAACUGUAUGAAACUACUUCUACUGUACCGGUUUUUGCAAAGAUUUUGGAAUAGUCUAAAAUGGCGCAGAAACUCCACUCAGUGCAAAAUGUGGAAUUAAUAUUUAAGCUAUCUAUCAGAUGAUUUCAAACAUAGCUGUCAUAGAGAAGCUGAAGUUUCCUUUCAUUGGAUAAGUUGGACUGAGAAAGACAUGUUACCCCACACAGUCUGUGUACUCCUAUGAAAUGUCAUGUUGAACAGCUUAAUGAGCUUACCAUCUUGACAGCUUUCCUCUGUUCAUUCAAUAUCUUUCUGUCCUGCUAUCACUUCUGGUAGCAUUUGUUUUUAUUAAGAAAAUGCUAGCCAAUAUGGCAAAAUGAAAUUAUUUUGUGUUCGUAGGGGGCUACAAAAACAUAUUUUGCCAAAUUAUUUCAAUCGGUUGUUGUUUGACAGUGACAAGUUGUUUUCAUUUUGAUUUAUUAUCCCCCAAUUAACUAGCCCCAUAGGAAUAUUUAAAGGUAAACAUACUUUGCCACCUAUCAUUAAGAUCAGUCUAGUGCAGCUGCACGCCAAAUGGAUGAGUACCAAAUGGAUGAGUAGGAUUAAAGCAGGAUGUUUUACUCAUUCCACAGAGGGCCUUGUGUUUGCUGGUAUAUUUUUUUUCUCUUUCCGUUAGUGUCAAAUUAAACCUAGACAACAAACUGAGUUGAGGUGAGGUUUUGAACUUAAGUAAUGAAUACAGUUUAGGAGCAAAGUUCUGCAGACAGUCAUGUUGAAUUUAAUUAAUCAAAUGUAUUGUAUAAAGCCCUUUUUACAUCAGCGGUUGUCACAAAAUGCUCAUACAGAUAUCCAGCCUAAAACCCCAAACAGCAAACCCCAAGAAAUGUUUACACAGUGGGUAGAAAAAACUACUAGAGUAAGAAACUAGGAAACCUGGUUGGGCACCUGGGAAGCAAUUUGACUGCCUGGCUGAAGGGUAGAUGGAAAGGAUUUUGUUUAUUACACUGUUGUCUCAGGAUUCUAUCCAGCAUCCUUUUGGUUCCUGGCCCAGUGCUCCUAACCUCUGGUUUACCUGCUGCCCAAGUUUUGGACAUGUAAGCAACCCAAAGAAAAACUGUGAUAACUCCGUUAAAAAACAUUGACGUCACACAUGUCAGCUUGGGAUGAGACAGAAUAACUUCUCAGUCUCAAUCUUCUACACUUUGUAGAAUACUUUUUAUAUAUGUAUAUACACACAAUUACAUGUUAUAUAACAUUGGUAACGGGUAAUGGAGCAUACAUUUUCUGUAGCUACUGUACAGUAGAGUCCAAUUAUGUGCUAGUGUCAAUUUAUUUAUUGCUCUCAUUUAAGAUUCAGGCUGGAAACUGCAUGGGAGGAGACAAUAUAAAGGGAGUACUGUAUACAGCCUUAAUCUGUCUAAGUCUACCAAUGACAGCUACCAGUUAUGUCCCUAAAACUUUUACAAACCUUAUGUGCAUUAUAUUUUCUUCAAUUUUAUUUUGUAGAUUUGUCAUUACUGCUGCUAUUUGUGGCUGUCUGUAAAAACACCAGUUGUUUAAAGAAGAAUACUUCACACGCAGAUCUAGUUAUAUACAGAGUGCCUCCAAAACAUGGGAAUUUGAUGGUUCUUUGUGUGGUACGUGGUGAUGGUCCAGACAAGCCUCUCACAUGUGCCCUUUAAUGAUCAUUCAUUGGGAUGCCAAUAAAGUCAAAACUGCAUACUUUAUUUUCCAAGUUAUCAAUGCAAAAAUUAAGGUUUAAUAAUAGACAAACAUGUACUUAUUACAACAUUAAAAACAGGAACACUGGUAAUAAACAGUUUGUCUCUUAUUAUGAUUCUUAACAUGCUGGCGCUGUUUUCUCUUGUUUUGAUUUGUUGACCAAAGUCUAAUAAAAUGUAAUUGUGUUCAUGUGCAUUACAUUAAUGAUUUUAAAAAAUGUCAUUCACUUCAUUUUUUGACAUUAAUGACUAUUAGAAGCUGGUCAAUUAUGCUGGAGCACAGGUCAAAAACAUGGCAAUAAAUUAUUUUAUGAAAAACA